UGAAUCUUGUUCACUCCGGUCCGCAACUCAAGAAGCACACUAACUCAAUCCCCCCCACCCACACACACAUCCGGCUUCUCCUCCGGGCAACACAGACUUUCAUAGUAAUCCGUCGCUGGCCUCCGACAUAAACCGCAAGUAGUUACCGGAGGUAGCACGUGCACAACGAGCGUCUUGUCAGUGCGUCCUGCACUUUCUGCAACUGCGGCAAUUUCUCUACGCACUAGAACUUGUCCGCGCUUCACCGGAGGAGAGCGAACCUGACGCAGGUGAGCGCUGCUGGUUUGAUCCACAGAUGAAGACGUUCAGAGAUUUUGGAGCGGCAUGAACACAACACCCGGACACUUAUUUGGACUCGUGGAUUUGGAUGGAGAGCGGUUUACAUGUGAUCGUGGCUGAGGCGGCGGUGCGCAAUGGUCAGCCCAGCUCCUCUAGUGGUCGGCUAUGAAAUAAGAGACCAACAUGUAAUCUUUGGCAAAUAAACAUUUGAAACAAAUGUCCUGUUUAGUAUAUUUCAGAAGUUUCUGUCAUUAUUGCGCUGCUGAAUAUUCAGGCAAAAGACGACGAACCGAAGCAGGUGUGAGUGAACCAGCGCAGAGAAGCGAAGGAACCAGAUCCGCAUCACGACGGAACAUAAACACUGCUGACCAGAGCUGCUCACGGUGAAGCACUUCUUCUGUUUGGAGGACAACAGAACAAAGUACCAAGUCUGUUGAAGGAAUCAGAAAGGAGAUGACUGCCAACACUGUCCUCCUGCUCUUCUUUCUCUCGCACACAGGCAGCAGGGCAGAGAAUGCAGAGGAGCGGCUGGUGAACUAUCUGUUGGGUCCAGAGCGCUACAACAAGCUGAUCAGACCAGCUGUCAACAAGAGCCAACAGGUCACCAUCUCUAUUCAGGUGUCUCUGUCGCAGCUCAUCAGUGUCAAUGAGAGAGAACAGAUAAUGACGACCAACCUGUGGCUGUUUCAGGAGUGGAAUGACUACAGGCUUAGAUGGGACCCAGAGAAGUACGAAGGCAUCAAGAAACUACGAAUACCAUCCAAACACAUCUGGCUUCCUGAUAUAGUGCUCUACAACAAUGCUGAUGGCGUGUACGAGGUUUCCUUCUAUUGCAAUGCUGUGGUCUCCAACACAGGAGACAUCUUCUGGCUUCCCCCGGCCAUCUACAAGUCGGCCUGCGCCAUCGAGGUGCAGAACUUUCCCUUCGACCAGCAGAACUGCACUCUCAAGUUCCGCUCCUGGACUUACGACCACACGGAAGUCGAUCUGAUGCUCACAAGCGACUUUGCCAGCCGCGAUGACUUUACGCCGAGCGGAGAGUGGGACAUCGUCUCGCUUCCCGCGCGCAAAAACGAGGACCCUGAUGACAUCACCUACCUGGAUAUCACCUAUGACUUUGUGAUCAAGAGGAAGCCACUGUUUUACACCAUUAACCUGAUCAUCCCAUGUGUGCUGAUCACAUCGCUGGCUAUCCUGGUGUUCUACCUGCCGUCAGAUUGUGGGGAAAAGAUGACGCUGACCAUCUCCGUGCUGCUGGCUCUCACUGUGUUCCUGCUGCUGAUAUCAAAGAUCGUGCCACCCACCUCUCUCGCAGUGCCACUCAUAGGUAAAUACCUGAUGUUCACCAUGGUGUUGGUCACUUUCUCCAUUGUGACCAGUGUCUGUGUCCUCAAUGUGCAUCACCGUUCCCCGUCCACCCACCACAUGCCCGACUGGGUUAAACGCUUCUUCUUAGUCCGCCUCCCCACCCUCCUCUUCAUGAGGCGUCCGGGAUCUUCCAACGUCCGUGAUAAACUCUGCAAGAAGUAUGCAAACCGGAGUACCGCCGAGAAAAAUAACUCCCAGAGCGGCACAGACAAGAGGCAGUAUUCAAACGUCAGACUCGGUGGGAUCCGAACAGAUGCCGACUCUUUCUACGUGAAUGAGGACUUGGCACACAAGUUUUGCUGGAAGGUGGACGACAUCCCAGAUGGGGGUGGUGGGUUUUCAGACUUCCGGAGGCCUUCGGGUGUUCAGUGGGAUGCAGAUGUGGAGGAGGCGGUGGAUGGAGUAAGAUACAUCGCUGAACACAUGAAGACAGAAGAUGACGAUGAAGGGAUCAUAGAAGACUGGAAGUACGUGGCCAUGGUGAUAGACCGUCUGUUCCUGUGGAUCUUCAUCCUGGUGUGUCUGGUGGGAACUCUGGGGCUCUUCAUGCAGCCGCUGUUCCAAAGCUAUAACACACCCACAGCUGAUGACCCAGAGUACGGAGAUUUCUAAGAUUUGUGACAUGAGAUAGAAAACCACCAAAUAAUCGUCUCCCAUAGAAACUAUAAGUGAGAAGCUGCACCAGGUCUGAUACGAACCUGAUCCAUGCAGCUGUGUUUGUAACAGUGGACCUAAAAUAAAACACCUCUGCUCUCCUCUGCAGCACUGUUGAUGUGAAAAAUACGACAUUAUAUGAAUUAUUGGCACAGUACAAUGGACCACAUUUCCUCCUGCCUCAAACCAAACUUCAUUGUAACAACGCAAGAACAAUGUGUCCUAUCCACCUUUUCUCUUCAUAAAGAUAUGAAUCCAUCACCUCUCUCGCUCUGUCCUUCUUCAUGUUCUGCUUCAGAGCGCUGGGCCUCAUCUCCACAAUCCAGCGUUGUAAUCGUUACCGCUUUGCUUCAUUUUGAAGAAUGUGUAUUUUCUCCUCAUCACUUUCCACUCUUAGCAGCACCAGGUUACAUACAGUGUUCAGAAUAAAUAUGACACUGACUGUAUUCUAUUACAUGUUGAAUAAAGAGGUCUGUAUUGUAUGUGCUAUUCCCUCACUCUCAUCUUCCACUUUCUUCCUCACAUCUUCCCAUUUACUUAAAGACUCUACCAACACUCAGCCCAGUGACUCCUGUGUGCUUAAAAAUUACAUUACCGACAAACAUUUCCCAAUUAAUACAAGUGUCAUUUCUGAAUGCAUUUGUACUUCCAUGGGCCGACUGGUGUCAUAUUACUGUAGUUUGUUAUCAAAAUCAACUUGCAGACACUUGAAAAUUGCUCAAUAUAGCGAAUGCAUCACAGUGAAACAUAUACAGCACUGGUGUUUAUUGAAGCUAAAUGCAAUGUUAGAGUUUUUAUUGUGUUAAAAUCCACAGACCUGGUAUAGUCCUGAAGUUGGUCUAAAUGAAGGUU